AAAUCGAGCGCCAUUUUCUCUUUCUGGCUUUGGAAGGAGGGAGGAGCAGCCGGAGGUGGGUGGAUGGAAGCGGGGGCUUAGUGGUGGUGCGGAGAAGCCGGGUCUGCGAUUGCACGGCCGGGGAAGAGCCGCCUGGGCAAUGAUGCUGCUCCUGCUCUUGCAGCCGCUGAUGCCUGUGCUGCUGGGACACUGAGUGGGGGCUGCAGGUCGACACCAGGAGGCGGAGCAGGGUGGGGCGGCCGCUGAAUGAGUUACUGGCCGGCCGGCCGGCCGACCAAGCUGCAGCAGACGGAAGGCGGCGGCGGCUGAGGCUGCAACACAUCCGCGCGCCUCAGGGAGGCACAAGCGAAGUACUAGCGGGCAGGCGGCGAGCGCCCCCUACCGCCCGGACAGAUCAUGAUCUUGAAAUGAGGAAAAGCACGCAGGAAAGAUCUACAGGCAUGUCUUGAAUUUUGCUUGCUGUUUUGGCCCCUGCAGCAACUACUGCUGAAGAGACAAAAUACCAUUCAGGUUAAAUGGCAGAUUAUCUCUUCAGCAAUGCAAAUUGUAGCCAAAGAAAUUUGUUACCAUGUCUGUCAUAUUGGAAGAUGAUUUUUUUCAAGAAGCUUGGAGGCCAAACUAAAAGUUUUACAGUGUUCCACUUUCCAAAAGACCUGGCAAAUUUGGGAACCCAGGAACGUAGGAAGCUGCCUUAUACUGAGUUAGAGCAUUUGUCCAUCUAGCUCAGUAUUGUCUACACUGCCUGGCAACAGCUGCCCAGAGUUUCAGACUAGAGUCUCUCUCAGACCUGACUUGAGAUGCCAGAGAUUGAACCGGGGACUUUCUGCAUGCAAAACAGAUGUUCUACCUUUGAGCUAUGGCCCUUCACUGCAAAGCACAACAUGCUUCAAAUUCCUGUGCAAAAUCUUGAUAAUAUAAGGAAGGCUAGGAAGAAAGUGAAGGGCAUUCUUCGGGAUAUUGGGCUGGAUAGCUGCCAGGAGUUACUUCAGACUCUGAAACGUUUUGACCCAGGAGAAAAGUAUUUCUGCAACACUUCAUGGAGUGAUGUGUCUCUUUGGGAGUCUGUGGCCAAAAGAAGGAGAUACAGAACAAAUCCAUACUGCUGUAGCCUGUGCAAGUUCUCAUCAAAAUUUCUUUCUUCUUUCAAAAACCACUUGAACCGUUACCAUGAAGAUGAAGUUGAUCAAGAGUUAGUUGUUCCUUGCCCAGAAUGUGCUUUUGCUUCUCAUUCCAAAGUAGUGGGGAAACACCUUCGCAUGUUUCACUCCAAGAAAAAAAUACAAAACUAUAAUGUGAGUGGUGGCAUGAGACAAUUCCGGAGUGAUGCAGUAAACUUCAUAUGCCAGAAAUGUCAGUUUACAGACACAUUAUACUACAAUACAAAGAAACAUGUGUUGGUAACCCACUUCCAAAGCCUAAUAAGCACAUAUUUUGAGGAGAGACCCGAUGAAAGCGAAGAGAAUUUUACAGAUCACUACUGUAAAAAGUGCAAUGCUUUUGCAAACAGCCGGGAUUCUUUAAUAUAUCACGUCUUGACAUCUGAAGUACACAAAGACCUGGAGAAUAUAUUGAGGCCUGUAAUUUCAGUGCAGCCUAAGAAAUCAGGACAAGCAAAGUCACUGCAGAUUGUCAGUAUUGCUCCCAAGCCUUCCACAGCUGGAGCCACUCCAUCACUAAUACCUACGACUGCCUCAGUGGGUUCAGUCUCUACUACAUCAUGUAUCCAGCUUUCACUUCCAUCAGUCAAUCAAAAUAUGGUGCCGACAAAAGCAGUCCAAAACACCGUUGGACCAAGUGCCUCCAGUAGCUUGACACAUCCAUCUUCGGCAACUUCAGUUGCCCAGUCACGUAUUACACUUAUGUCUAAUCCUUGCCCAGGAGGUCAGAAUAAUGUGACUCUUCAAUCAGCAGUUCCUCAACCGGUCUUUGUUUCUCAUCGACUUCCUGUGAAACAGCCUGUGAGACCUGGGGUUUUCUGCCUAAACCAGCCUCCUGGGACCUUAAGUCGAGCUGUUCCUCCAGGAGUCAUUUCAUUCACUCGGCCUGUCAGGCCUACUCUUCUUCCUGUUAAUCAAUCUAUUAGGACCGUCAGCAGUCCAGUUGUGCCAGGGGCUCUCCCUGUGUCUCAGCCUGCUGGAUCUCUGAAUAGACCCAUUGGGGCUAGUGCUAUUCCAGUAAAUGGGCCUUCUUCACCUGGGGUCCUCACUGUAAAUAGACCUGUAGGUAGUUUGACCCAGCCCGGUGGUCCUGGGGUUCUUCCAGUGACCCAGGCAAUCUCAUCGGGGGUUCUUCAGUUUAAUCAUCCUGUCGCACCGGGGGUUCUUCCUGUAAACCAAUCAGUUGGGCCUGGGAUUCUCCAGUUUAAUCAGCCUGUUGCACCAGGAGUACUUCCUGUAAAUCAGUCUGUCAGACCUGGAGUUCCUCAGAAUGCUACUCUACUUACUGCGGGACCUAUUCUUCGGCAGUUAAUUCCAACUGGCAGACAAGUUAAUGGGAUACCUACAUACACCCUUGCCCCAGUUUCAAUGGCUUUGCCUGUGCCAGCUGGUGGUGGGGCGACAACAGUUCCACCACCUCAGGUGCCUGUUCAGCUGAUGCCGUCUGGUGCAGUUACUCAGCAGACUCAGGCUCCAGCUAAUGUGCCUUCUUCUGUUGUAGUAGCUUCUUCGACAAAUACCCUUGCCAAGACUUCUACUUCUGCUUCUGCAAUGAGUCUGGCCCUUAAGCAGGCUAAACAGUGGAAGACCUGUCCUGUUUGCAGUGAGCUUUUCCCAUCAAAUGUCUACCAGGUGCACAUGCAAGUAGCACACAAAUGCAGUGCAGGAAAGACGGCGGCUAAUCUCAAUACAGACAAAGUUGCAGCCUGUGCACCUUUUCUGAGGUGGCUAAAAGAUAAGACAGUCAGGUGUUUUUCUUGUAAAUGUUUUCUCUCUCAGGCAGAGCUUAUAAAACAUAUUUUCACCCAUGGAUUAGCUUGCCUGUUUUGCACCAGUACUUUCCAUGACCUAAAAUACCUUGUGGAUCACACCAGAACUGUGCAUAAGGGAAAGAAGAAACUACACACAGAUUAUGAUGACAAGGGGUUUCAGCUUGAGAGUGAUUCUGAAGGUGACCUGUUGUUUCCUCACUUUGACUUCAAUAUAACUUCAAAAGAAGAACUUUGUGAAAAAGAAGUGCACCUAGCAGUACUUGCUGGGGUAAAUUCAAGGACACUUAUUCCACUGUACAUCAAACUGCAAUGUGAGACUGGUGAUAUGAAUAAAGGCAAUAAGAAAGUCUCAACUUGCCCUUUUUGUUAUGGUACUUUCACUAGCACAGAAGCCUAUGAGAUCCAUUUGAAGGAGAGGCACCAUAUCAUGCCAACGGUGCAUACCAUUUUAAAGUCUCCUGCUUUCAAGUGUAUCCAUUGCUGUGGUGUAUACACUGGUAAUAUGACUCUGACAGCUAUUGCUGUGCAUUUGCUGCGCUGCCGGAGUGCUCCCAAAGAUAGCACCCCGGCUGUGAAGAUGCAGCUUGAACUCGGUGAGAAGAAUGAUCUUCCACUUGUGAAUGGUGAAAAGCAGGAUGCUACUUCUCUCUCAACAAAGAGGAAACCACCUGAUCACCUUUAUGAUGUUGCAGAGGAUGAAAGGAAUGACGACCAACCGUUCCUGAUUAUAAACAGCGGCACAGCCCAAGUUCCAGCAAAGGAAGUGAAUUUUGUGCCUUCCAAACGACAAAAGAUUGAUCAUAAGUCUGAAACGAAAGGACAGCCCUCAGUUGAGGAUCUUCACAUUUUAGCAUUAAAUCCAAAGCCAUUCCAGCAUAGUUCAAAUGAAGUUCAAAAACGGUUUCUUGCAGAUUAUUUUCACAAGAAGCCAUAUCCCACUAAAAAGGAGUUAGAAUUACUGUCAUCCAUUCUGUGUGCAUGGAAAGCUGAUGUUGCAUCAUUUUUUGGGAGAAAGAGACACACCUGCCUGAAGGCAGUAAAAAAUCUUAAGCCAUCUGUGCUUUUGGGUUUCAAUAUGUCUGAACUUAAAAAUGUGAAGCACAGUUUGAGCUUAAAAUGUGAAUUGGAAGAGUUGUAAUUUAAAAAAAAAAAAAACUAAUAUAAGGCAAUCAAGAUUGCAUAUUGAGCAGCUGUCUCAUUGACUUAGUUUUUCAUGAUUACUAAAAUAUUAGUACACAAUGCUUCAUUCAAUUUGGGCAGCGUGCGUUGUGGCAGUGGGGUACAGUAUUGCAUACCUCUGUUUUUUGUUCUUUAUUUUUUGUUUAUGGAGUAGUUUCUCUACCCAUGAGUUUUUAUACAAUUGUGUAACAAAUUUCCUGGUGUUGUUUUUUUUAAAGUACCAAUGUUUCUAAAAAUGUAUAGGCUGGGUAAAAUAUUAAAACUGUUAAGAUGGCCAUAAUAAUAAAAAAACCCUUAAAAAUUAAGAUGGUUAACUUCUAACCUAAUCUUCAUAUUGCCCUCCAAAAUAACACCAAAUUUCCCAGUGGCAGGAGUAACAAAUGUGACAACCUUGAUUAAUAAAAAAAAUACCAUUUGUCACCUGUAGAUAUUAGUCGAAAUUGACUUGAUGGCACAUAGCAAGAUAUGAAACACGUCAGCCAAGGAUUUGCAAGCACUGUUCCUGAACUUUUUGUUCCCAAUAAGAAAUUCUGAAGGCUUAUGUAAAAAGUGAUGUCCUUUUUUUUUCUCCUGAAGUUUUAACUUUUGUUUUCCAAGCCUUGAUUUGCAUCUUGAAAUAAAUAAAAGGAACUGCCAAAUUAAUAUUAGGCUAUAAUGACGAUACAUUCAUAUGGCUCUGUUGGUUGCUGAGAGCACUCUGAUGACAUAGCAUACUAAGAAGCACUUGGCAUUGUACACUUAUGGUUGCUGCUCACUGAUUGUCCUGCUAUUGUGCUAGCAAAUACUUCAAAGCAAACUUUAUAGUAGCCAUUUAACAAACACUUCUGUAUGGCUAUGCUGCUUCUAUUUGGAGCAAGGAAUCAAAGGCAUUUACUUCAACAAUGCUAGCUCAGUGCAGGCCCCGUGCGUAUUCAAGUUUAUCAUGGCAUUUGAACCAAUGCUGACGAAAGCUCUUACUAUCAUUAUAGUAGCUUAAUUAUUGAUUGUGUCACCCAGAUGACAACUUUGUCUAAGUUAGGCAAGAGAUUGAAUAAGCAGAGUGAGUAUUCAUUACAAACAAAAUAAACCUGAGAGCAGUAGGUGGUUUUCUUACAGCUUCUCUUGUAUGUUUUGGCAUCUCUAAAUAAAAAAGACUAUUGUUUUAACCACUAUAAGAUCAAUGACCUACUAUUCCAACUUAAGUAGGACACAUUAUUAUUGUAGCAUCAAGAAAAGAAUAUAUUUGGUGUGCUGACCUUACAUUGUUUUCUAGUUAUGUGUCUUUUAUGGCAAGGGAUUUUCUUGUUUUAGUGAAACUGCAUGUAAAUAACUGCAAUUUAAGAAGUUGCAUUAUAGACUGUUCCAAUUUCUAUAAAAGUCAAAAAAAUGUAAGAGGACUUUUUUUGGUUUGGUUUCUAUUCUUUAAUGCAGCCUCCUUUGACAGUGGUUAAUGCCAGUGGGAGUACUGAUAUGGACUUGCAAUCCAUUCACCUGUAGGCCUAGAUUAUUUACAUCUGUUUCAGCACUGAUACUUCUGUAUGUGCAGAAACUGGCAAAAGGGAUGGAUGAAAGGAUAAGCCUGCCACUCAGAGAAGAGGUUGGUGAUUACUAUUACUUAUCUUUGAUCUUCAUCCAGAUAUGGGAACAUGGUCAGAGGAUGUGGAAUAGUAUCUUUCCCACCAUCACUUGCAUGAGCAUUGUGGGAAGAUUUGGGCUGCAAAAAUAGUGGCAAAAGAAACACUAGUGCCUGAACUAGCUUUUAUCUGAAACCCCAUAUGCUGAAGGCAAGUACAAAAGAAAAAUUGCUGUAGACAUUAAAACCUAAUUUAAGGGGAGAAACAUCUGUAAAAUUGGGUACACCAAAAUACAAAUGUAUUUGUUCACUGUACACUAAGUUCAACUUGGCCAAGGUUAAUAUAUAUAUGCUUAUUUUACAAAGUUGGGAGAUAACUUAUAUUAUAGAACAUACUUAUUGUGCUUGGCUCCCACUAGAGGGCAUGUAUGAUGCACCAAGAAUAGAAGGGAAUAGAGGUGCUGCUUUGGUGAAGAGCUCCUUCUAUUUCUCUAAAUGCUGAGGAUUAUGAAGAAGGGAGAGAAGCACAGAACAAAGCUUGAACUUCUUACAGUAGAGAGAACCUGGUCUAUUAGUGUUAGAGCACUGAAUUUUUUGGCUUCAAAUAAACCACGUUUUCAAUUUUA